GAUGGUCUUCGUCAAACCUGUACACGAGGAACAGUGCACGAACGAAACCAUUCAAGUAUACUUUAAACGCGAUUUUGAUUCGGUUACUGCUACGUGUCCGUCGCGUGUCUCGCCAAUUUUCAGUUUCUUUGUGCGUUGUUCUUAACGAAAAUCCUAUAAAAAAAUAGUGUUCUAAAAAAAAACUAUUAAAAGUAUUGAACGAAUUUUGAUAAGAAUAAAUUGAAAAUGGGUAAUGCCAGAAGUUCGGAAAUAAGAAAUGAGGAAUCCAACGAGAUAUGUAGCACGAACGGAAAUGCUACGUCCACACCACAAGGAAAUAAUAUAUUCGAACCGACAGAAACUAUCAGCAGUGAAAGAGAACAAAGGAGAAAAGAAUUAGAAGAAGAUUUUGAAAAGUUUAAGCAAGAUCUUGCGCGAAAACACGAAAGAAGAAAACAAUUAAUUUCUGAAAAGCGAAAAGAAAUGACCGAUCUUCGUGAAGAAUUAAUCAAAGAGAAAGAAGAAAAUUCGAAACUUCGUAGCCUUUUAGAAAGCAAGAAUAAAACAACUCAAGAGGAUCCGCCUUUUAACACAAAAUUCAAGGAAAUAAUAAACAAUUUACAAGAGCAAAAUGAAGAAUUAAGAAACGAACUUGAAAGAACCAGGCUUAUCUUAUCCGAAAAGGAUUCGAUCGUUGAUAAAAAUAAAGAACUUAGAAUAAGUCUUGCUGAGAUGCAAAAAGAAUUACAAUCGGUUAAUACCCAAGUCAUCGAUUUUGAAAAGGAGAGGAUAGACUAUCAGGAACAUGUAACAGCUUUAAAAGACGUUAUUAGAGUUACAAAAGAAAUGCUUAAAGUUAGAGAAAAUCAAAUAACAGAGUUAAAAAAGAAGUUAACAACAAUCGAAGAACUUUUAGCAUCAAAAGAAGUUAGCAUUUUAUCCGAUGAUCUUCGACAAGAAUACGAAAGGCAACUUCAAAAUAUUAAAGAUUUAAGGAUUUUGUAUCAAGAACGACAAAGAGUCGAUACUAGGGAAAAGGACAAUUUGAAAAGUCAAAUUGAAGAUUUGAAGAAGUUGUUGGAAGAAACGCAAAAGAAAUCUGAGGAAUUUGAAACACGUGUUAACGAAUUAGAAUCAGAUAAUUCUACAAAAUACGACAAAAUCAUCAAUCUAGAAUCGAAUUUGGGUCUUUCAAAUGCUGAGUGUAAGGAAUUACAAGCCGAAAUGUCUGUCAUCAAUCAGUUAUUUUCUCAAAUAUUAAUUAGUUUCAAUAACGAACAAGACAUCGAUUUAGACAAUUUAAUAAAAUUAUUAGAAGAAAAUCAUGGUCUUUUAACAAAUAUAGCAAUAAACGAUGAACAUAGCGAAGCUUCAGCAUUGCCUAAAGUUUUAUUAGACCUCGUUAAGCAAGUGAAUGAGAAUAAAAAAGAAUCCAUGGAAGAAAUUGCCACUCCAACCGAAAAUGUAGAGGUGGUGGCUGAACCAGAAGAAGAUACACAAUUACCAUCAACGCAUCAGCUCAAUAGUCCCGAGGAAAUAGUUGAAAACCUUCCAAAGGUUUGGCGGGUGUUAAUUGAGUUGUUAAGUCACCAAACUGCACCCAGCAACGAUAUUGCUGAUAAAAAGAAUAAUGAAAAUGAUAAUCAUUGUUUUAAAUCGGUACAAACCCCAACCGGGCUUCGUAAAGUUGUUAGUGUUAGUAAAACGUUUAUUAGAUUGAAAAGUUUAAUUUUGGAGAAAAAAUCCCUCGAAAAAGAAAUGAACCGACUCAAACAUUUAAACACCCAUUUAGAGGGUCGCCUUCAAGACCAAGAAAAACGUUUGGUUUUAGUAUCGAGCGAAUUGUCGAAAACAUGGAAUGUUGUGGGGAUGAUGCAAAAACAGCACCAUCAAUUACACACCCAAGAAAAAAUUCUUCGAUAUGAAUUAGCACAAAAACGAAAAUUAUUAACAGAACUAAAAGAGGAAUUAGAAUACUGUCGACAAAAAUGGUUACAAGCCAGGGAGCAAAAUACUAGCACAGAAGAACAGUGGAAACAAUUAAGAACCGAAUUUGCAUCUAGAAAACAAAACUUAAUAGACGACAUUAGUAAUAGCGUUGAAAGUGGUUAUAGCGAUGAAAAAUCUUCUAGUGACGAUGAUAUUCCAGAUUCCGAUGUAAACGAAGAAACAGAACAAGGAAUAAAAAAUAAUAAUGAAGAAGUUGAAGAAUCUAAAGAAGUGGAGGAUCAGAACGUAAAUAAAUGCUCUAUUUUAGACGUUGUUCAGUCUGAAGUUGAGGAAAUCGUUGGCUCUUUUAAUUCAGACUCUACCACUGAAAUACAAAAUAAAAAUAUUGAAGUGGUUGAUCUAGAAAAUGAUAUUACAAACAUAAAACAAGAAGAUUUAAAUGAAAAAGUUCCUGAAGAAACUGAAAUAGAAACCAAAAUUCAUUUUGAAAAUAUACCUUCAACUUCUACUGAAACAGUGGUGAAAAAUCCAAUACAAGCUGCAGAAGAAUUUGUAGCCAGAAGAGAAGCUCGAAUGAAACGAUUAGAAGAACAAUGUAGUGAAUUGUAUUUCAGUGUAGCUAAAACUUCGUUAAAGGGCGCCGUUUUAUCUAAUAAAUUAAAUAAUCUUCACGAAACUUACGGAAGUCAAUCUCAAGAACUACCUCAAGAAAAUGCGGGAUCAGAAAAUGUUGAAUUAGAAAAUAAUUCAAAUCGCGAUGACCCUGAUGAGCCCUCAGAAGAAACUCAAGAAAAUAACUCUAUUAAUUAAAAUUAUGUAUUAGAAUAGUGUUUACAACCUACUAAAGUUAUCAGUUAUUAAUCGUACAAAGACAAAUUGCUGUGCAUAUGACAAUAAAUAAAGUAUGUAAAUAUUAUUUGUAAUUUGUACGACGAUAUAUUUUGUACGUUUUAUAUUCGCUUGCUAAUAUUGUAACUUUCAUAACUAAAGGGGCGUAAUAAAUGUAUGGAUUAUA